UGAUUGGCUUAUUCCGAACCAUGAGCAGCGGCUCCAAGAGUACCUAGCAAUGACUGGGUAGCUACCUAGCUAGCUUCACUCUCUGGAGGAUUCCACACAAUCUCUACUGACCACCUCCAUGGAAUACCCACCAAGUAAACGACAUAAGGGAUUCAAACAGGAUGCUGCAUUUCAUGAUCCCUUUGAAGAUGACGAAGAUUUUACUCAAGACGACUUGAACGAGAUAGAUAUUAUUGCAUCUCAGGCUUUCACGGGAGAUGGCACCCAUCAAAGGCACAAACAGACAUUAAGCUCUGGUAAUGGCCAACUUUCAGAAGCAGACAAAAACUGCAAAUUGGAGUCGCAAAAAGCAGACUUAAAGAAAAAGCUAAAAGAGGUGGAGGAGGAGAUCCUGAUGAAGAAUGGAGAGAUUAGAGUCCUACGAGAUUCACUGCGAGUGGCCCAGCAGGAGAAAGAGAAGCAGAGACAAGCUCAUCUCCUCCUGGAGAGGGAGAAGGCCCAUGUUCAGAGUGAAAAGGAGAAAGAAUUAUCCAAAAAGGUACAGUCCUUACAAUCAGAGUUACACUUCAAAGAGGCAGAGAUGAAUGAAAUCAAAACCAAGCUUCAAAUCUCAGAGCGAGGGAACAAGGCCCUUGCUUCCCCUGUCACAAGAAACAGCCCCAAGGUGCAGUGUUCUGCUCUGACAGUUGAUCAUGCAAGUCGGAGCAGCUCCACCCCUCCUGGAGGCAGUCCAUUCAUAACCAAGGAAGACUUUGCAGCCCAGCUUCCCUCAAGGUCCACGCCAGUCAAAAUCAGUGGAACGAGCAGCUUGAAAGAUGAGGGGAAGAAGCUGUCCUGUGGCAAACACGGUGACAGUAAAGACGCAAGCCAGCUCGAUCCUUUCCACAGCACAGGUGUACAUCAUCAUCACCAUCACCCAGGGUCUGUUUUGCUGAGUCUGUUGCUGCAGCAUCCUCUAGACCCCAGCACCCUGGGUCUGUGCCAUCUGCUCUGCGUCAGCCCUGACGCCUGGCCCACGUUACUGCAGAACAGCUGCCUCAGCACAGGUUCAACCACAGUCAGUUCCAGUAGCUAUUCCAAACAGUCCAAGGUGGCGCAGAGGGAUAAACCCCAAAGUGCCUUCAGCCAGUUCCAGAGCCUUGCCAUGUCAGGACUUAACAUGAUGGCCUCGCCAGAGCAGGUCCCUCACAUCGACAGUUCCUCCAUCAACUCCAGCAGGAGCUGCCUCGGAGCGGUCUACCUCCUUCCUCUCCUGGACCACCACAUCAGCCUGUUCUGCCAGACUCUGGAGUCUCUGGAGGGCUCGGGUAAAAGCCCCCUGAGGGUCAGCUCUGCAUCGGGCUCCUCCUCCGAGGGCAGCGCAGCCUCCAGUGCGGAGGACUCCCUGCUCAGCCUUGAGGACUUUGCCCUGUCAUCCAUGAAAGCGCUCUACCACGUCGUGUCGCAGAGCGCCGACGCGGUGAGCGCCAUCUUGUCCUACCGGCCUCAGGAGAUCAACGGCGGGGAGGCGUUCCUGCACGCCGACGCCCGCUCCCACCCAACCCAGGUCCCGGUCCCCUCUGGGAUCCAACCGCUGGAGACGGGGGAGGCCGAGGGGUGCCCGGACAGAGCGGGAAAAGGACUCCACAUCCAGCACCCCCUCCUCAGGAGGCUGCUGGAGCUGUCGGACCCUGCCUUCAUUGGCAAAGCUUCCCAGAGAGAGGCACUGGCGACGACGAGCCUGUCGACGCUCUGCAUGCUGGCCGAGAGAGCAGAGAAGAAGGAUUUGUCCAGGUUAAUAUGUGUGCUGUCUAGUCAAGCUUUGACACACUGCCUGUCCCUGGACUCCUCCUACCAGAUCAUGUCCCUUUCGAUGUCACUGUUAGCUGCCCUGGUUGACAAUGAUGAGCUGGCAACUAAAUUGUGCUCACACUCGGACUCAUGCCUGUUCCUGAAGAUUUUCCAGUACAUAACCAGCAGACCAGAUAAACUGGUUACAAAUGGACAUUGGUCUCUGUUGGAGGUGGAGAUGGUGCGUUUUCUAACCUCGCUGUUCACUCAGAACGCGUCGUUAUGGGUUACGUUUGUCGAGUCGACCUGCCAGUGCCACAGUGAGGUGGUGCAGACUGUAGUGGUGCUGCUGCACAGACAGUGGCUUGGCGUCAGGGGACAAGAGAUGGCCCAGGCCCCAGCGUGGUGGUCGGCCCCAGGGGUGCAGCUGCUGAGGGAGACCCUCAUGCUCCUCCACUGGCUCCUCCUCAACUACUCCAGCUUCUCCGAGCACUGCCGUCCUGUCCUCCACAUGUACGACCAGGUCAUCCCUGCCAUCAGGGACACUUUUCGCAAGAUCCCCGACCUCACAGAGAGCGAAGAACUGGCUCUAGAAGAGAUCUGUCGUCCUGAGACCGAGGACAUCGAGGACAUGGACACCGAGUGCUAGGUGGCUUGUUCCUGCAGAACCUGGUGGAAGCUGUGCUGCUUUCGAAAGACAGUGGUUGUUUAACCCUUUGAUAGUUCAACGAAUGCUGUCCCACAUCCUCCCAAAUGCAUCGAAGAAAUACUUAAUGAUGGAUUUGAACAAUUGUUGUGCACAAAGAUUUGUUAUUUUUUCAAUGCUUUUGAUAUUAAAUACAAUAUCCAUGCUUGAACAGUGAUGAAACAUUUUAUUUACUAGGACAUUGUGGCCUUGUCCAGACAACAAGUAUACAUACUUUUAUAGAUUCAAAAAUAAAGUGUGUAUAUUACCCACAAACAUGUGAGACAAUGACAUGCCACAGGGGGGUUUGUGAGUGGAAAAACAAACAUGAAAAUCUAGACAUCAAUGCAUAAUUCACAUCAGUGAACAGAUGUCAUAGGUAAGGCCAGCACAGAAUCCACCAGUUACUGAGACAGACGUGUCCGAGUAGCAUAAGCAACAAGUGAUGAGGUAACUUUUUUCAAAAGGUUCUGAAGGCAUGAACUGCAGGUUACACUUGAAAAUGUUUACACAUCUGUUUCACCUUUACAAAAAGCACAAGACCAAUAAAAA